UUUAGCUACCGCAUAAUAAGAGCUGGCAAAUCCGCUCGUAGUAGAGAUUCAGGCAAAAAUACACGACUCUUUCUCUUUUAACACUAGUCGAUGAUUAAAAGGUAUAUAUUGAGGGGGAUUUUUGAUGAGUCGCGGUAUAGCAAGUUAUGAGUUAUCGCCCAACUACGAUCAUGGCCGUUAACCCCCACUAUCGUGAGCUGUAACCGCUGGCUAGCCAUCGCGUCUUUAAAGCUCAGUUUUGUUUUGUUUUGUUUUAUUUAUUUAUUUUACAAACGACAAUGUGACUUAAGCUUGCCAGCUGUAUUUCUUGUCCUGUUGAGUAGUGCAUGCAUUGUCGCCACGGUCUUCUGCUGCAGGAGAAGGGGAGGCCGAGGGCUUGAGUCCUCUGGUGACCGUCGGUGCGAGGUUCAGGCAUGGAAACCUGGACGCCAAAUCCUCGAGCGAAACCUUUCAUUCCCCGUCAGCAACGAAGCCUGUACCUCACCUGGAAAUACAAACUCACCAAUAAGCGAACGAUCCGCCGCUUCUGUCAGGCUGGUGCGGUCAUAUUUUUGUUGAUCACUGUGAUAGUUAACAUCAAGCUCAUUUUGGACACAAGAAGAGUGGCCAGUGAAGAAGAAGCUGCACAGGAGUAUGAGGAUGCAAUGCCAAACAUGGAGACACCACGGCGGCCAGCCAGUGGACGUAAGGCCCUGGAUAUCGAGGUGUACUCCAGUCGCUCCAAGGUCUAUGUUGCAGUAGAUGGUACCACUGUGUUGGAAGAUGACAUGAGGGAACAGGGCAGAGGCAUUCAUGUGAUAGUUCUCAACCAGGCUACUGGUCACGUCAUGGCUAAGAGGAUAUUUGACACAUACUCUCCUCAUGAGGAUGAAGCCAUGGUACUCUUCCUCAACAUGGUGACCCGGGGACGAGUCCUCAUAUUCACUAUCAAGGAUGAGGGCACGUUCCACCUGAAGGAUGCCGCAAAGAACCUGCUUAAGAGCCUGGGGAGCCAGGUAUCACUCAACCUCAGUUGGAGGGACAUGUGGACACUGGUUGUGAAGAAAGGAGGUCAGGUGUACGGAGAGAAGCACUCCAAAUCUCCGGCUUUGUCCACCUGGGGUGACCCUGUGCUGCUGAAGACUGAGGUGCAGCUUACUGCCUCUGAGGAGGCUGAAUGCCACUGGGCAGACACAGAGUUGAACAGGCGGAGGAAGCUCUUCUGCAGUAAAGUGGAGGGUUAUGGCAGCAUCUGCAGUUGCAAGGACCCAGCUCCCAUUGAAUUUAACCCUGAGCCUCUGCCGACCAAUAAUGUCUUCAAUGUCCCAGUGGCUGUCAUUGCUGGGAACAGACCUAACUAUCUCUAUAGAAUGCUGAGAUCUCUUCUCUCAGCUCAUGGUGUCAAUCCACAGAUGGUCACAGUUUUCAUUGAUGGAUACUAUGAGGAGCCUAUGGAUGUGGUUGAGCUGUUUGGACUGAAGGGGGUUCAGCACACACCCAUCAGCAUCAAGAAUGCCAGGGUGUCCCAGCACUACAAGGCAAGCUUGACUGCAACCUUCAACCUACACCCAGAAGCUAACUUUGCCAUUGUCCUUGAAGAAGACCUAGACAUCUCUAUUGACUUCUUUAGUUUCCUCAGCCAGACCAUCCACCUUUUGAAUGAGGAUGACAGUCUGUACUGUAUCUCAGCCUGGAAUGACCAGGGCUAUGAGCACACUGCAGACGACCCAGCCUUGCUGUACAGAGUGGAGAGUAUGCCAGGACUGGGCUGGGUACUCAAAAAGAGCCUCUAUAAGGAUGAACUAGAGCCAAAGUGGCCUACUCCAGAGAAGCUGUGGGAUUGGGACAUGUGGAUGCGCAUGCCAGAGCAGAGGAAAGGAAGAGAGUGCAUCAUCCCUGAUGUGUCCCGCUCCUACCAUUUUGGGAUCAUUGGGCUCAACAUGAAUGGCUAUUUCCACGAGGUAUAUUUCAAGAAGCACAAGUUCAACACAGUUCCCAAUGUACAGCUGAAGAAUGUUGACAGCUUGAAGGAUGAUGCCUAUGAAGUGGAAAUUCAAAACCUGUUAAAGGAUGCAGAGAUGCUGGACCAUAAUAAGAACCCAUGUGAGGAUUCAUUCCUGCCGGACUCUGAAGGGAAGACCUAUGUGAUGUACAUCAAGAUGGAGACGGAGACAGACACAGCCACUUGGACCGAGCUUGCCAAGUGCCUUCAUGUCUGGGACUUGGAUGUGCGGGGAUACCACAAAGGCCUGUGGCGACUCUUCAGAAAAAGGAAUCAUGUCCUAGUGGUGGCUGUUCCUAUCUCACCAUACUCUCUGAAGAAGCCAGCCAAUGUCACUCCCAUUCACUUGGAGCCUCUGCCCAAAGAAGAAGGUGCACCAGUGGAGCAGAUGUAGACCUAAUGGACAUACCCCUACUCCUUCUACCAAUGCAGGCCUUAACAACUCUUCUCUAUAUCCUGUCAACAACCACUAAUUCCCUCCUAUAAGCCCAGAAAUUCAAAAACUACCAAAAAAAGCCCACUGAUACAUAAAAGAAUAGUAAAUGUAGUCCUUUUUUGGGUGGAAGGGAACUGGAAAUGCACUAAAAAAUCCGUCCAAGGCUUGAUGAGCAUAAUUUAGGUCUGCUUUUUCAUACCUGUGUAAGUGGGAGGGAGGAAUGGAGCAGACAAGAAAUGGGAUAGGCUAAAAUAAAGUGUGGCUUGAAAGGGAAUUGGUUAACAUUUAUAGGACUUUGAAGGUUCUCCAUGACAGCUGUUGGAUAACGGGCAGCCCGCCCUUUAAGUCAACUGGUGAGAUGAAAAGAGCAAGAGAAGAACAUUGAUGUGCUUCACUGCAUCUGUGUGUGUUUGUCCCCUCGUCAAAAAACUACUUGCACACACACACACACACACACAUACACACACAUACACACACACACACACACACACACACAAAGAUUCACACUACAUCAAGGCAGAGACUGCCUUACAAACCUACUCAACUAAAAAUGGUUGGCUUUUGUGCUUCGACUUUUUUGAACUACUGAGUGCUUUAUCCAUCCUGUACAUACAUUUUAACUUAUCUCUAUUUAUUUUACUUGCAGCAAUCAACAACAGGUUUUAAGUAUUUUUUAAUCCUCUUUUGUCAAUAUCUAUGCCUUUUUUAAGAGCCUUACAUUAACAGACUAUGAAAUAAUAAUGUAAAUAUGUGCAUCUAUAUUUUUUGAUGAGUAAAGGAUCAACUUAUUUUUUAUCAUGAGAUAUAAAUAUCGAGAUUGAUUGGAAAGGUUGAUACAGCCCUGUGGGUUUGACUAAUAUAAUUGCUUGGAUCAGUUGCCACAGAUCAGUGUCAUGAGGGAAACUUGACACUAAGACUUGAACACUAUUUCUCUUAAUACCAGAGCCAUUGCUAUUGAUUUUGGCCAGGUUUUGCUAUGGCGCAUGUGUCGCUACACUUUCCAAACAUGACCUGUCCUGGUUCUUAGCAGGAUAUGACUGCCAAGUAUUGCUAAGAUGCUGGGUAUAAGCUUAAAAAUAUAUGUUGAGAACUCAUAUAUCUAUAUAAUAUUAGUUCUCAUAACACCACAGUUUAACAACAGAGACAGUCAAAUCUAUAGAACUCGACACUGUUUGCAUUACGAUUAACCAACUAAAAAAACAAAACCGAUUUGAUUCACCAACAAUGUGGUGAUAAACUUUUAGUGGGAAUAUACAAGCAGGGUCUCCCCCUGCUUGUAUAUUCCCACUAAUUUCCUGUUAAAUUAAUUGAAACGGAUUUCUG